UGUGGGGGAUGGAAGCAGAGCGGUUGAAUAGAAGAGCUCCUUCCAGCACUGACAUUCAUUGUGGGUCAGCGGGUACUGAACCUAGACUAUUAUGUCAGGCACACGCUUGGCCUGUGGGCCUUUGUUAUGCAGAUGGGCCAUGCCUGGGAAGCAAGCUCUUUCCCUUUUUUUAAGUGACACAAAAGAAAGGGAUGGAGGAGGGGACAGUAUUUAAGGAAGGGAGAAGUGCAUAAAAGACACCAGCCUCUGUUCCAAUGUCACGGUGCAAAGGAGACAAAACAAGAGCCUAGACUUUUCCACACUUGCAUGCACACUGAGUGCCCUCCCAUCACUUUGUGUCUAAAUGUUUGCCACCCAAUCCAAGGGUGGGGGGAUGGAUUGAAGAGCCUAAGCCAUCCUGCUUUUAUAUUUUUCCCCUCAUCCUUACAGCAGCUUUUGCAAUUGGAAGCUCUGAUGAACUGAGGCUCUGGGUCCUCCCGUACAAACUCAUUUAACACAGCUCACAGACACAAGCUGGCCCUGCUGUCUAAGCAAGGGGAGGAGGUACAACAUAAUAGCAAUCCUCCUCCCCUGCACAAUCCUCAGGCUGCCCAGCUAAGCGCAUUGCCAGCUUCAGCAUUUGGACAGCGGCUGAAGUAUUUGCACCAAGCUGUGGCUUGAGAAAGGAGCAGCUGCACAUCUCUCCCCCCUGACUAUGGCCAGCAUCCAACAAGGGGAAAAGCAGCUCUUUGAGAAGUUUUGGAAAGGGACUUUUAAAGCUGUCGCCACUCCAAGAAGAGAGAGCGUUAUUUUUGCCAGUAUUACAGCUCGGAAGCCGCUUACAAGCAAUGACACUUCCAGCUGUAUACCCUGUCCAGAGAAAGAGAACAAAUAUGAACAGCAGAAUGGAAAUUUGGCCAACUAUGGUGGAAAAGAGAGGUUUGGAAGACAGCACUCACCACACCGUGGGCAUAGCCACUCCGAAGAAGAUGUUAGCAUUUCCCCUCCUCCUAAAGCAAAGAAAAAGAAGAAGAAAUCUGAGCGCAAGAAGAGGAAAAGGUCUCGCUCAUACAGCCCUUCUCCUGUGAAAAAGAAGAAGAAGAAAAGCUCUAAGAAACGGAAGAGAAACAGGUCUUCCUCAAAAAAAAGAAGGCACAGCUCCUCCAGUCCAAAAAAUAAAAGAAGGCAAGACAAAAAGCACAAAAAGCAGUCCCGUGGUAGGCCACGGAAAUCCCAUCGUCAUCGCCAUCGACAUUCACGCUCAUCAAGCUCAGAAUACAGAUCUUCAAGCUGUGAAAACAGACUAUAUGACCUGUCAAAAGAUGAAAAACACAGAUCAAAAAGAAAGCGACACAGAUGUAGAAAUUCUAGGUCCGUAAACAAGAAAAAGAGGGAAGACAAGAAUCAGCACAACCUGCUGUCAACAAAAAACAGGUGUAUUCACUCCACCAAUACUGAAAUUUCCCAAUCAGUUUCCGGCCUUUUGGUCACAUCAGAGAAAGAUGUUUGUCUAAAGGAGGGUGGAAACGAGUAUGACUCAGGGAACGAUACAUGCUCUCCUCCUUCAAUACAGAUAAGCUCAUCACAGUUGAUGGUCAACCAAGAUAAAGAAAGUCUUCUCCACCAUGGGUUUCAGCAUGCCUCCACCUCUGGAAAAACCCCAAAUGGCCACAGCGACAAUAUCUCUGAUUCAGGCAAUUCAUCUGCCAGUUGUUUCUCUUUCAUGAAGGAUACAUCACUUCUCUUGAGAGACAGUCAGAAACAAAAAAAGAGAAUCCUCUCCUCUUGUCAGGGUUGCCUGGAGGAACAGAAAAUAUCAAAUCUGCUGCCAGACAGAAGCUCCCCACAAAGUUGUCGAUCUCGGAGCUCAUCAUACAGCACCAGAAGGUCUAAAUCUCGCAGCCCUAGCCAUUCAGUAAGCUCCUACUACUCACGCCAUCGGUCUUCGUCAGGGAGAAAGUCAAGAAGCAGAUCUAGCUCAUCAGAAGCAAGGUCCUACUCAAGAUCUCGCAGCUAUUCUUCAGCUUCAGGCAGAAAAAGCAAUGGAAGCAGAAGCUCACGGGCUCGAAGGAGUCCAAGCUACUCUCGCUACAGCUCAAGCAGGGACCGUGAGAAAAGCAGCAAGUAUGGUUCUACUGAGAAGUCAAGUAAAGGAGUUCGCCGGAGGAGACGCAGCUCCUACACUCCUUUGAGAAAGCGUAGAAGAGAUUCCCCAAGCCACCUGGAGGCUCGAAGGAUCACCAGUGCUCGUAAACGGCCCAUCCCAUACUACCGGCCUAGCCCAUCUUCUAGCAGUGGAAGCAGUACACCCUCUUGGUACAGAACCUGCAGCCGAUCGAGGAGCCGCAGCUUUUUCAGCCAUAGGAGCAGUAGAAGCCGAAGUCCUAGCAGUGGGAGGAGCAGAAGCAGGGACUGGAGCAGAAGCUCUCGAGAGCACAGCCGAAGUCGGAGUUGGAGCCGGAGCUCAGACUCUUGCAACAGCACUAGACGCUAGGUGUAUCUGUGACUGCCACAUGUCUACUAAUAAUUGAAAAAGUUUUAAAGCAGGUCUACUCCAUGAUUUCUAACAGAUAUCCAAGCCCCAACAAUAUAUUUUGAUUGGAGUCAAGCAAAUAAUUGGACUUUCCCUCUGCACAGUAAAAAAAGAGUUGGAGACUCAAACUUGGCCUUUACAUUGCACUGAGGAAAAGGCUUGCAGGAAAGCUGUGCAUGUCUGAGUAUCCCUGUUCUGGAGUUUGAUGCACCUACCUGUCCAGUUCAUAUGUAUGUUGUGAAUAUUUAAAUGAUUCAAUGAAAUCCAUACGGAAUGGCAUGAAAAUUGUGCCUCCCACCUCAGAUUUUUAGAUACCAGAAAAGCUCUUUAUUUUCCUCAGUAAUUUGCAGGUUUCCAUUGUGGUACUCAUAGCUUAUGAUGAAGCAGUAUUUUAAAGUAAAGCUGUCACCUGACAUUUGGAAUUUGGGUGUUAUAUAAAAUCUCCUGAGCCAGAAGAAUCAAUAGCGUCCUUGAAGAGGUUAAGAAUAAUUCCAUUUCCAAGCAUAUCUCACUUGGAUGCAGCUAGAAAUAUGUUCUCCUAUUUUUCUGGAACUUCUUAAUAACUGGGUGUAUUGACAGCCCAACAGCUGGUUGGUUCAACAUCUGAGCUAAGCCCACUGUUUCAAAGAUAGUAAUUACUCUUCUGACUGUGCUAAAUCAUUGAGAUGGGAUCUGAACAAUACAAUGCAGACGUACAGUGUUAUGACACUCUCUUCAUUUGCUUCAUUCUGCCCAAGAACCAUUAGCAAGUAAACAGAAGACAAUUUAUAAAGGGAACUGAAAUGAGUUGCAAUAGGCAAACAGAUGGUUGUGCUGUUAUUUAUCUACAUAUUUAUUUUGUUAUUUAUUAUUUUAAUACUUAAUUUAUUAAGUGGCACAGACAUAUUGUGUGAUGUUCUAGUACAUAUUUCGUUUAUUUCUUGAUAGGAAACAAUAAUGAAACACUACUGAUUUCCAAAGUAACAAAUAUACUGUAGAUCCUGGAAAAUAAGGAAAUGGCAGUAUGUGCGCUUUAGCUUGAUUUUAUUUAAUUUUUAAACAUUUUUAUACUAAAAAAAAAAUGCCCAUGUGUCACUACACAGAAAACGAGUAAAUGGAAUACAAACUACUAAGGUGAUUGUGGCUUGGCCACUGUCUUGUGUGCGUGGCUUGCUUGGCAUAUAAAACAAAUGCAAACUUUUUCCUGCUUACAUGUAAAUUAAAGCCAUUUUGAAAUUCGCUACUUACUGCAACUUGCAUUUGAACCGCAUUUUUGGGAGACUUCAAAACAUCCAUACUUUGUUAUUCAAGUUUAAUGAAAGAUACAUAUAAAGUACACACGAAAGAGGCACAACGCUGCCCGUACUCCUGAACUUGAAGGCUGAGCAGUACUGUAAAGUGUGGUGGAGGGUAACAUUAUACAUAUGUCAAGCACCCCACAACUCAUGGUGGGACAUCACCAAGUAUUGGGCUGUAACUUAACAGGCACAAAGCUGGUGGAUGUUGAAGCAGCUCAGAAGGCCUAUACCCUAAUACCUUUUUGUACCUGUUCCCUACGGAAUAACACAGAGCAAAGUGAAUGGGCUACAUACUGUAAUAUUAAAGCUAGUGUUGUCUCUCUUACCUAAUUACUCAUGAUCCUAAAUGAUUAAAUAGCUACUGAUAUAUAAACUAUUAAAAAUGAAUGAUAUCUUAUAUAACCUCAAACGACUGGUUGGUGUUACCUAAAGAGCCCAAAUUCUAAAUUAGUAAUUAUAUGCAAAAAUAAUAAAUAAUUAUAAUAAUAAUAAUAAUAAAAAUGAUCACAAUAUUGUUCACAUGCAUUAUGCUAAACCUUGUCAUGCAUAUUCCCUGAGAAUAACAAUCCUAUAUAAAGUUUUAAAACUGGAACUUGGAUAGUUCUGACAUAUGAUGAUAAAAAUUCUUAUUAUUCUACCGAAUCAAAGAUUCCAGUGCCAGUUCAUCUUUAACAAUUUCUUGCCGAUUCCAGAAAAUUCUUGAUGUGUUGCCUUCUAUACUCUUCUAUACUAUAUAUCAUUCAUGCCACUUAGUGGGGACUAUUCUCACUUUAAAUUUACAUAUACAAGUUUGGAAUGUGUUUUUCAGGAUGCUCGGGACUUGGGGUUUUCCAAAUAAGGGGUCUUUCUGUAAUUUGGAUCCUCAUGCCUUCAGUCUACUAGAAAAUCAUGUUAAUAUUAAUAAAAACCCAAUAGACUGGUUUAGCUUCCAAU